AUGUCUUUCGCAGAUUGUGCAAUGGGCCUUCGCCCUCGGUCUGCCAUCCAUAAGGAUGAGCUUGACUGCUACGACGCUUUUCUCUCCAAUGUGCAGGAUACCCAAUUUUUGCAUAUGUACCUCGAAAACAGCCAAGUGAAGAUCGAUAUUUACGAUUACCCGUCCAACGACCUUGCACUUUCCCAGACCUUCACUCCAAGCGACACUGCAAACCAAUACUUUGACCAGCAGUUGCAGCGUGCUCAAGAGAUGCAGCUAGCAACGGCUUCGCCCGACACGGUACUUGACUCGACGUUGGAAAAGAGAUAG